GAUGAUGCACUGUGGUGCAGAACUUACACGUCCCUUUUAGUGUCAUUAACAGAUUUUAAAGCUAUUCAGCAGCGUUUGCCUUGUGCAGGAUACAGCGAAAGUGCUAAAGAGUUAUAAUUUUCAAGGUAAGGUCUAAACACACGUUGAAUGCAUUGAAAGCAGUGUUCCUCUUCUGCAGGUGUAGCGCGGCUCCUUUAAAAUGUCUGCGGCGCGCCCGCGGUCAUACCAAAAGACAAAAAAGUGACACUCUCUUCCGGGAUUUGGGAUUGCUUUUCCAUAGUGAAGACUGUGGGAAGAUACAGAACCGGGACAGCGAAUGUCAGGAGAGCGCUUGGUUGACCUGCUGUGAAGAAAGACUGCUUUGUGCGUCAGAACAGCUGGGAGAAGAGUAGAGGAACUGGAGGAUGAGAAGCCGAGUAGCGCCUGACAGAGCACACAAACUGGACCAGUUCAAGAACUGGAAACUGCUGUAAAAAAGCAAACUCCGAAUUUCAAACCCCCCUGUUGGCUGUGCCCUGCCAGAUCAGUCUUACCCGGUGUUGUGCCUCAUUUCCUGCGUGCUCAGAAUGUCGAAGGACUCGGAGGUCAUUGAUGUGGAGUUCCUGACGGAGCAGGAGCAACUGCUGAUCCUGCAAGUUCUGCAGCGGGAUGAAGAGCUUCGCAAGGUUGAGGAGAAGCGAAUCCGGAAGCUGAAGGCUGAAUUGCUUGAUAUCCGGAGGAAGGGAGCCAAGCGUGGCAGUAAGAAGUACAGCAACCUCACCUGUGCCCGCUGCCAGCAGAAACUGGGCAGACUGAGCAGCAACACCAGCCAGUGCCGCAGCUGCAAUCACCAGGUGUGCCGCAACUGCAGAGUCGUCUAUCCAAACAGCACCUGGAAAUGCAGCGUCUGCGCCAAAGAAGCAGAGUUGAAGAAGGCCACAGGAGAUUGGUUUUAUGACCAGCGGAUCAAUCGCUUCAUCAAUGCUCCCGGAUGUGAGCUUGUGCGAGCUUCGAUUAGGAAGAAACCUCCAGCCAAUAAGCGGGAGACAGCGGCUGAGGUGCUGAUGCUUAACAACCAGCUGACUGAGAUCAAAGCUCCCAUUGCCAAACCCAGAGCGAGGACAGAGAAGGACAAGGGCACCCAAGCCCAGGCUCCAGAGAAGCAGCGCAGCGACACAGAUUCUGUGGAGAAGGCCAGCCUGAGCAGCUUCAAGACUGAGUCCCGCCACACCACCCCUGUCCUGGAGCGGAAGGAUGCUGAUGGGUCCACAACCAAGACCAGCACUGCAGGGGCCACGGUGUCCACCCUAACUGUCCCCGUGCCAUCCACAGAGGGCCCAAUCUCCAAAGAUGAACCGGAAUCACUUGUUGGGAGCCAGAGUGGUGGGUCUGCUGACGACUCUGACACCUUGUUCAAGAAGAAUCCCAGGAAAACGUUAAGCUCCUCUGCUUUUUCAGAUAAGCCCAGUAGGCCCAAGUCUGUGCUGGAUUUGCGUCAGAAUGCACCAGCAACUGAAGAUGGUUCUAUGGGAGACAGGAGCAAGUCGGUGCCAGGGCUCAAUGCAGAGCAGGAGGAAGAGGAUGAAGAUAUAGAUGAUCUUGUGCAAUUCCAUAGGAAGUCAGAGGUUCGUCACAGUCUUCGGAGCGGAGGGUCUUCGAGCACAAUGGGCAGCAUGAUGAGUAUCUACAGUGAGGCUGGGGAUUACAGCAAUGUGGAAGUUACCGGGGAAAUUGUAUUUUCACUGCGUUACGAUCAAAGCGCCCAGGUCCUCUCUAUCUUCAUCAAGGAGUGCCACAACCUUGCGUAUGGGGACGAAGCCAGGAAGCGCUCCCACCCGUACGUCAAGUCAUACCUGCUCCCUGACAAAUCACGACAGGGCAAGAAGAAAACAGCGGUCAAGCGCUCCAAUACUAACCCAGUCUACAAUGAGACCCUGAAGUACAACAUCACUCAGUCCCAGCUGGCAGUGCGGACCCUGCAGCUCUCUGUGUGGCACCAGGACCGCUUCGGACACAACGCCUUCCUGGGAGAGGUGGAGCUGCCUCUGGACUCCUGGAACUUCGAGGCCACCGCAGAGGAGUGCUUGCCCCUCCACUCAAAGGCUUCUUCACAGUCCACUGACUAUAAAGGCGAGCUGGUGAUUUCCCUCAAAUACAUCCCUGCCAGCAAACAGGUCUCGGACAAGCCCAGAAUAAUCAAGAAGAAGAAGGAGGAAGGAGGAGAGCUGCAAGUUUGGGUCAAAGAGGCCAAGAAUCUAACUGCCAUGAAAGCAGGAGGCACUUCAGAUACAUUUGUAAAAGGGUAUUUGUUGCCAGUGAGGACCAAGGUGACUAAGAGGAAGACGCCAGUGGUAAAGAAGACUCUGAACCCUCACUACAAUCACACCUUCGUCUACAAAGGCAUGAGUCCCGAGGAUCUGAAGGAUGUCUGCCUGGAGCUGACAGUGUGGGACCGGGAGGCGCUGUCCAGCAAUGACUUCCUGGGAGGGGUCAGACUGGGCAUGGGCACCGGCACACACAAAGGAGAGAAGGUCGACUGGAUGGACUCCACAGGCGAGGAGGUCAGUCUGUGGGAGAAGAUGAUGCAGUACCACGGCUCGUGGGCAGAGGGCUCUUUACUGCUUCGCUCCACAAUGGGCAACACCAAAUAAACAGAACACCGUCGCUACGACAACAUGAAGGAGAGGUGGGAGGCAUCUGUGGAGUAGGGCCGAUAUUCUGUGUGUGAAAUUCCAUUUUAUUUUAUUUUUAUUUUUUUUUUGUAAGUGAAAGCACUUAAAAGGACUUUGAUUAAUCCUUAAAGCUAUGUUGAUUUUUUUUUCAUUGUUUGAUCUGGAGCUGCCGAAUACGCAUACAGCCACAUUUCUAAAUGCUGCAUACACUUCACAUAUUAAAAUACCUGCCAAUGCAGAGGUUAAAGAGGGAACACUCCUUAUUUUAAUGUAUUUAUUAUCACUAAACUUACAGCAAGGAAGUUGUAUAUUACAUAAAAUGCACAUGUUGCGUUUUUGUCUAUCACCACAGAACUCUUCCAUGUAUUAGGGAUGAGGUUUAGUUUUAGUUUAACACAUUUUCUAGGUGAAUCCAUAUUAAUCAAAGUCACAAUAUUCUGGGUGGAUGAUGCUGUAUCAGUACAGUGCAAAGGAGGUUUGUUGUAAUGUUGAUAGGAUUGUAUGUGACCUAUUCCUUUGUGCGUAUAUAUGGGUCAAUGCAUUUGCUUUUUCUUAAAACUUUCACACAAUGACAAUAGCAAUAUACUGCAUGUAUUGAAGCUCAGAAAGAAAUAUGGGAAGUGAAUUUAAAAAAAAAAGGGUCAUUUUCUAUUUUUAAUAUAAUCAAAAUGUAUGAAAUAUAUAUAAAAAUAUUCCAAUGUUAUUAAAGCUGGGCUCUUUUGUUUCUGUGUUUCUUGUAGGGCUUCAAGUGGAACUAGUGGAGGCAGAUCAUGUUAAUCACUUUUUAUAAGGAUCUGUUUCUUAACAAUGAAUAAUAGUUAAUUACAAUAGCAUCUUAUUGACUUUACUAGUGCAAAGCUUAGUGUUCGGUAAUUAUAACAUUUCUUAAAAUGCACGCUUUUCUAAAACGUAUUUAAAUAGUCUUUAUAUCAUCCAGGAUAAGCACAUAAUGUUAUAUUGAUUAUUGAAAAGAUCCAUAAACUAAUGGUUUGCACGUUCUCUGUUCAUUCUGAUUCAGGAUGUAAAGCAAACUCCACUACAUGAACAUAAGAGCUUUACACAGCCCUUUUCUUUUAUUACACCAGCCGCAUGGCUGUCCUGCUACAUAAUCUCAU